AUGUUCAGGGAUGUUGCUAUUGACUUCUCUCAGGAAGAGUGGGAGUGCCUGGACUCUGUUCAAAGGGAUUUAUAUAGAGAUGUGAUGUUGGAGAACUACAGCAACUUGGUGUCACUAGACUUUCCUUUAUGUUGUGCAAGUAAGGACUUAUCUCCAAAAAAGGAUCCUUAUGAAACAGAAUUAUCCCAAUGGGAAAUGAGUGAAAGACUUGAAAACUGUAAUCUUGAAGAGUCCAAUUUCAGAGAUUAUUUGGAUAUUAAAGGCAAGGUGCAGAAGCAACAAGAAAAUCAGAAGGAGUAUUUAAGGCAAGGGAUGAUCACAUAUGACACAAUGUCCAUAUUCAACCAACAUACUUAUUUACCUCAAAAUCCAAGAUGUCAUUCUACUGAGAAACCCUAUAAAUGUAAGGAAUGUGGGAAAGCCUUCAGACGAGCCUCACACCUAACUCAACAUCAGAGUAUUCAUACUGGUGAAAAACCCUAUGAAUGUAAGCAAUGUGGGAAGGCCUUUAGUCGUGAUUCACAACUCAGUCUUCAUCAGAGACUUCAUACUGGUGAGAAACCCUAUGCAUGCAAGGAAUGUGGGAGGGCCUUUACUCAGAGUUCACAACUUAUUUUACAUCAUAGAAUUCAUACUGGUGAAAAACCAUAUAAAUGUGAAGAAUGUGGGAAAGCCUUUAUUCGUAGCUCACAACUGACCCGACAUCAAAAAGUCCAUACUGGUGAGAAACCUUAUGAAUGUAAAGAAUGUGGAAAGGCCUUUACUCAGAACUCACAGCUUACUUUGCACCAGAGACUUCACACUGGUGAGAAGCUCUAUGAAUGUAAAGAAUGUAGAAAGGUCUUUACACAGCUUUCACAACUUGUUCUCCACAAGAGAAUUCAUACCGGUGAGAAACCCUAUGAAUGUAAGGAGUGUGGUAAAGCUUUUAUUUGUGGCUCACAGCUUUCUCAACAUCAGAAAAUUCAUAAUGGGGAAAAACCAUAUGAAUGUAAAGAAUGUGGAAAGGCCUUUAUUCGGGGCUCCCUACUUAUGCAACAUCAAAGGAUUCAUACUGGUGAAAAACCCUAUAAAUGUGAAGAAUGUGGGAAGGCUUUUAUCCGUGGUUCACAACUUACUCAACACCAGAGAAUUCAUACUAAUGAAAAGCCCUAUGAAUGUAAAGAAUGUGGAAAGACAUUUAGUCAUGGUUCACAACUUACUCAACAUCAGAGAAUUCAUACUGGUGAGAAACCCUAUCAAUGUAAGGAAUGUGGAAAGGCCUUUAAUCGUGGCUCACUCCUUACUCGACAUCAGAGGAUUCAUACCGGUGAGAAACCGUACGAAUGUAAAGAAUGUGGAAAAACUUUUAGUCGUGGCUCAGAACUUACUCAACAUGAGAGAAUUCACACUGGGGAGAAACCCUAUGAAUGUAAGGAAUGUGGGAAAUCUUUUAUUCGUGGCUCACAGCUUACUCAACAUCAAAGAAUUCAUACUGGUGAGAAGCCUUAUGAAUGUAAAGAAUGUAGAAUGGCCUUUACUCAGAGUUCACAUCUUUCUCAACAUCAGAGACUUCACACUGGUGAGAAGCCUUAUGUAUGUAAUGAAUGUGGGAAGGCCUUUGCUCGCGGUUUACUACUUAUACAACAUCAGAGAAUUCAUACUGGUGAGAAACCAUUUCAGUGUAAGGACUGUGGAAAGGCCUUUAUUCGUGGUUCACAACUGACACAACAUCAACGAAUUCACACCGGAGAAAAACCCUAUGAAUGCAAAGAGUGUGGAAAGGCCUUUAGUCAUGGUUCUCAACUUACUCUACAUCAGAGAAUCCAUACUGGUGAGAAGCCUUAUGAAUGCAAACACUGUAGGAAAGCCUUUACUCAGAGCUCACAUCUUUCUCGACAUGAGAGAAUUCACACUGGUGAAAAACCGUAUCAGUGUAAGGAAUGUGGGAAGGCCUUUACUCGUGGUGCACAACUAACUCAACAUCAGAGAAUUCAUAUCAGUGAGAAACCAUUUGAAUAUAAGGAAUGUGGGGUAGACUUUAGUCAUGGCUCACAAGUUUAUACGUGA